GUGGUUGUUUUCCUGAGAAUCAGAAAGGCGGGUGCGACUCUGUGACUGCCGGAGACCUAAAAACGCCGACGUAGGAAUGUGAUCAUGGCCCGUAAGCCUCGGAGUUGCAAUGAGCAAGAGAAGGUUAGAAACAUUCAAUUAUGGACAGGUGAGAUGGACCGCUGCCUUGCGAGAGUGCUAGCUGUGGAAGUUAAGAAGGGUAACAAGGUAGACAAUGUUUUCAAGUCUGCAGCGUAUGUGGCUGCCUCAAUAGCUGUGAACAAAGAAUUUGGGCUUGGUUUGACAAAAGAGCAUAUUAGGAACCGUCUAAAGACUUGGAAGAAACAGUAUAGGAUCCUAAAAGAGCUCCUUGCUCAGAAAGGAUUUGGUUGGGACGAGAAGCGGAAGAUGAUUGUUGCGGAUACUUCUUUAUGGAAUGGGUAUAUCAAGGGGCACCCUGAUGCCAGGCAAUUCUGGGGAAGAUCCAUUGAACAUUAUCAUGAGUUUUGUACUGUCAUUGGCAAUGAUCAAUUGGUAGUGGGCUGUUUUGAGAAUGAUGCGGGGAUGGAUAUGCAAUUUGAAGACACUAAAGAUGUUCUAGAUCAGGCCAUUUUAUUUAAUGUUCAGAGUGAUGACAAUCAGACGACAAAGAUAAGGUGGACGAGAGCAAUGGAUUACUACCUUGGAAAGGUUCUGGCAGAGCAAGUGAGAAGGGGGUACAAGAGGGAUAAUGUCUUAGCACCUAAGGCAUAUGAAAUCACUCUUUCAUCUUUAAAUGAGAAAUUUGGGCCUCAUUUGACAAAAGAUAAUAUUAAGAAUCGACUUAAAACUUGGAGAAAAAGGUAUGUGAUUUUAAAGGACAUGCUUUCUUGUGCUGGAUUCAAAUGGGAUACAACACGGAAGAUGAUUGUUGCAACUGAUAUACUGUGGGAUGGCUAUGUCAAGACUUACCCUGAUGCAAGGGUGUUCCGAGGUGCAGUUAUUGAGAACUAUGAGAACUGGUGCAUUAUCUUUGGCAAUGAUUAUGGGGUUGCAGAGUAUGUUUAUUUGCCCAAUGUGGAUGAUGGUUAUGAGGUUAAAGAUCAAGUGAAGAACAUGAUGUGGACAAAUGAAAUGGAUGAUUGUCUGACCAAGGUUCUGGUAGAGCAAGUCAAACUUGGGAACAAAAGUAAACUAUGUAACAAAUUUAAACCUCGGGUAUUAGUGGCAGCUGUGUCAGCUUUGAAUGAAAGGUUUCAGCUUGACCUGACAAGAGACCAUAUUAAGAACCGUCUCAAGACAUGGAAGAAACAAUAUGCAAUUCUGAAGGAACUGCUGGAGCAUAGCAACUUUAAAUGGGAUGAAACAGAAAAGAUGGUGAAAGCAACUGACUCUGCAUGGAAGCAAUAUAUUAGGGCAAACCCAGGUGCUAGGCAACUUCAAGGACGAGUCAUCAAAAAUUACGAUGAGUUACAAGUUAUUCUUGGUUAUGAUGAUCCGCCUGAAAGUUCUCUAAAUGGUACUGAUGACGAUUUAAAUUUAAAUGCUGGUAAUGAAGCUGUGGAGAAUACAUAUUGUGGUUGGAGUGAUAUUGCUAAAAGGAAAUGGAAGUAUGUAUCAUGGACUGAAGAGAUGGAUCGUUGCCUGGCAGAACAACUGAUUGAGCAAGUGGUGCUUGGAAAUAAGCUUGAGAAUAGUUUUAAGCCUGUGGCAUUUGAAGCAGCUCUUGCAGUCCUAAACAGUAAGUUUUCCUUGGACUUGACUGUGGAAGAUAUUAGAUACAGGCUGAAAACAUGGAAAAAAGAAUACGGGCUUGUGAAGGAGCUCCUUUCUGACAAUGGAUUUGAGUGGGAUGAGAGACAGAAGAUGGUCAUUGCUGAUGACUCAGAGUGGAACAAGUACAUCGAGAGAAAUCCUGCCCUGAGCAGUGUACGAGCACGGCCUAUCGAGAAUUACACCGAGUUAUGCAUCCUUGUUGGUGAUGAGCAGUCAAGCGGAUUUGAAUCUGAAAAUGGCAAUGGAGUUGCAGAUCUUGCACAGAUUGACAAAAAGCAUCUAGAAACCCCUGUAGCGCUUUUGUUUGAUGAAGAAACAAGCCAUGAUGAUGCUGAUGACAACGAUAAGGAGGCAAUCAGACUCCUAUCUGAAACUGAAAAUGGAGCAAGGAAUCCCCUUCAAAACGAGGAAGAGCUCCUAGAAACCCCUUUAGAGGUAGCGGGUAAUGAAGAAAUGCGCCAAGGUGUUACUGAUGACAACACACAGGCCUCAUCUCAACAGACAGGAGCUAGACUUACUUCAUCAUCACAAUCCAAGCAGGCGUUCAAGAGGAGACAGACGAACAAUCCAAUGCUUGAAAUGAUGACUGCCAUAGCUGCAAACACCAGUCGAAUUGCCGAUGCACUAACCGAAAGCAACAGUGCAACAUUGUUGGAUGAAGCGUUUGCAACAGUGCAGACAAUCCCAGAAUUCGACGACGAUCUUAUAAUUGAUGCAUGUGAAUUUCUUUCUGUAGAUGAGAAGAGAGCCAGAAUGUUUAUGAAAUUGAAUGAUAGGCUAAGAAAAAAAUGGUUAUUGAAACGAUUGCGAGGUUAAGGUAGUUCAGAAGUAGGAUACAAUACCGUGUGAAUAAAGAUUACUUUUUGUG